GAUGUCUAUGGGCUCUGGUAACCACUUAACGCUAGGUGGACUGUGAGCUCAUCUACCAAAGCACCACCAUCCACCAACCAAAAAUAAAAAAAAAUCCAAUUUUUGUAGCUAAAGAAGGGUUAAUUAUACGACCAUACCCUUAAAAGGUUUUUUUUUGUUUCCUGUAUAUUCUUUACAACUUACUGUAUUACUUCAGUAAGAUAUAUUAUUUUAUCUUACCUAAUAAUUACGUUUUUAAGAAUCUUCGAGGUACAAUCAUGGCGUGAAAAGCAAAGAUUCACACGGGAUUGCGUGCGAGAUGAGAUCAGAGCUUUAAAGGAGGAGAAGCAUGCAACAGAGUUACACUUAGAGUCACUCCAGGUGCCGCUCAUGAUAGUUUCACAGUGCCUGUCUAACAGGGACCAGAGAGUUCCCCCUGAGCUCACUAGAGAUCAGCUAGAAGAAGAAUUGAAGAAGGAGCUUCACAUAAUUGAGAAUAGCAAACGAGUCCUGAAAGAUGUAUGCAACAUGGGCUGGGAGAAGAUUAAAGAUCUAACCAACGUGCUCUGUAGACUGGAGAGGGAGAUCCGAAACAAGGACGAGACGCUAGAUUUGGAGUAUCACGUCAAAGACUUGACUAGAGACAGCUCCGAUAUUUCAUUUAAGCUUGAUCCUACCAGGAUACCUCCUCAGUAAGGAAGAAUUUUAAGCCAUGGAUAUUUAUACCUAGAUCUUUAGGUGGAUCAACUACCAGCUAUAGCACGGGAAUCCGCUGGAUGCGAACUGCGCAGGACUCGUUAAUGUGAUGUACCUUGAGCAAGGUCUAUGUCUAGCAGAGGAUGUCUGCGGGCUGAUGAUGAUAAUGUAUUUCUAAAUGUUAAAAAUUAGGGGUUAUACCGAUGUUUUACCGACCUGAUAGUAUUUGGCCACCUGUCGAAAGAGCCACUUCAGGAAUGGUUCUGUUUCUGCUCAUAUAUAGAUUGAUGUCCUCAGGACUGACGCUGGUGACCUCUGUGUGUGACUAGGAUCAUGAUCCUCUGCGUCACAAAUUGAACCUGAUUAAUCCAGCCUACUGAGACUCCCAUCAACUAAAUAUAUAACUGUGUUUUUAGUACUAUAACAGAAAUAAAUUACGUCGAAUGCAUAGAAAAUACAGUGAAGAUAGCAGAAAGUCUCAUGUCCGAGUCAAAGAACCUUCGGGAGACGAUGUUUAGGAGCCGAGAACAGGCCCAAAACCAGAUGUACGCGCAGUGCCAGACUGUUGAAAUGGUGAUGAGGAGACGGGUUUAUGAUAUACAGAGGGGGAGGAAUGAGAUGGAUUGGCAGAAAUACAAGCUAGAAGCGAACAUGCAGAAAGUUGAUCGAGAGAUCGAGUCUCUUCGAGCAGCGGUCGCUGACAAAAUAAACCCAACUAAACUGGUCGAAACUAGGCUGGAGACCAGGACUAGAAGACCUGUGCUUGAAAGAGUUGAUGAUAAACCUAUGCGAGGGCUAAUAGAAGAAUUCGAAAGAGUGCACCUGAGUCAUAGCAAACUUGAGAAGAAACUCGAAGACGCAUUAACAACGUACCACGGCAUGUACAAUCACCAUGAACGCCUCACCCGGGACCUGCAGCACAAGAACCAGGCUCUGGAGACGGACCGACGGCUCAUAGAGAUCCGGAAACCCUUGCAUGCACCCGACGACACACAGUUCAAGAGGAACGUUGGCUAUUGUCACAUGAAGGACGAACUAGUUCCCGAGUAAAGAAUCGACGUGUUCAAUCCAGUAAUUAAGUGCAUAGAUUAUACACUUAAUAUAUUUGAGAAUUAAGUGAUUGUUUUCAUAAUGCGUAUUGGAAUACUAUUAACGAUUGUGUAAUUUAAGUGUGUAUAGCUCAAGGUCACGCCUACCUACCGGGGAGCUUCGACUGCGUAUUGUAAUAAGAUUUUCUAAUGCACUUAAAAUAAGCUAGAUGCUUUUAACACAAAUUAGACUCGCUAUCAUGCUAUGCAGCCAGUAGCUACUACAGGUACUGUUUUUUUUUCCUGCUUAUCUACCAUUUGCAUUGAAAAGCUAUUCUGGCUUCAUCAGACUGGGGGGCUCAGCAUGAGAUUUUUUGUAACAUCUAGCCCUAGUAAAAGCAAUGAUGUGACCCGCUGAGAAGAUCCGGCCAGCAACUGAGUGAGUUGUGGCGGGCGGACUGUAGCGAUGCAGGGAGCAUAAGGCCACAACCGCACUUUUUUUUUUUUUUUUUUUCCUACCUGAACUGAUAGCCUUAGGGGCUAUUUCAGCGUAACCCUAACGUUUGUAGGUGAGCUCACGGGGCUCAAACCUGAUGACGUUGCUAACACGAACCCUAGCAAGAGCCGUGCUUCGCAGAAUCUACCACCGGAUCGGAAACGCAACCCACUGAGAAGAUCCGGCGAGAAACUCAGUGGGCUGUGUCUGAGAGUUAAUUUACUCGCCGAGCCCUUCGUCGCAAGCGACGGGUUCGACGAGAACCGUGACCGGUGCUUGAAGUACCUAAAAGCACCGUUAGUGGAUCGGGAGGAUCCGAGAUGACGUGUUUUGGGCGACGUCGACUGAUUUCCAUUCCGCAGGAUCGGGAAUGUGGUUACCGGCGGCCACGAUGAGAGGGUUCUCGUGUCGUGCCGCUUUAUCGAAGUGGAAUCGCACUACAAAAGUAGCUGAAGGCUGUUUGCAGAUUUUCCCUUUACUCUAACUUAUGAUCACAUCUAUAAUCAGUUGAUUUAUCACAAUUUUGUUUCCCAUAUUCAAAUACACAAAAAUAUCACAAGUUAAAUUAAGCUUAAAACAUUAAAUAAUUAUAAUUGCAAGAAAUAUUUAAUUAAAUUAGAAAAAAACAUUGUUUAACUUUUUGUUCAUUGGUAUUAUGUAUUAUGUCCU